CUGAAAACUUCACUACUUUGCGGUAACAAGAAUUUCGAACUGAACUCAUCCGUCGGAAGCGGCUAACAGCAAUCUGGCUGGUUGACCAAUCGGCUGACAGAUAUGGCCGACACGGGUUGGCUAAGAAUUCUGGACUCAGGUGGUAAGGACACCUCGUCGAGUGUAAGACAUCGUCAGCCGUAUAUCUGCUACCUGUGACGUCUUGGGCCGAUCCAAAAGUAGACGGGUAUAGACGUACCAGAGAAAACUGUUUGUGACAGUGGCUGUCCGUCACAACUUUCUCACCAGCCCUACCCAAUCAGAGAGACGCACUUUUGCUCUGAUUGUCCCCGGUGUGUUUGUCCAGGGCCGAGGGCUAGACACGACAGGCUAACACUGAACUUGGCCCAACAUAUCGCAAACAGUGGCCACCACUACCCUUUUGGAACAGAUUCCGUCGUCAGUUAGACUGGUACACUUUCUUCACCAUAAUAUCCCAUUGUAAUUAUACAGUGCCAUUUGGAAGGCGUGCAUGGUGCUGCUAUAAGCAGACACGUUCUCAUCAUUGCCGAAGUUUAUAAUACCUCUGCCAUAUUUAUGUUCGUAUUCGAGGUGAUUUCUGGAUCAGGCAUGUUCCAAUGAUGGUUUCGAACACGGCAUUACACUUUCGCGAUCUUGACUUAAUGUUAGACGCCACCCCUUGUUGAAGCGCACAGUUUUGGAUAUUGUUGGAUACCACUCAGUCACCCAAAGCAAUAUGUCUUGCCGGACAGGAUAUUAUGUGCGGAGUUUCCAAACUCUUCUGCUCAUAUUCUUAUUGUUGGCUGGUCCAUCGUUACAAUGUGGACCAGGGAGAGUACGGUUGAAGAGACCUGGUAGCCACAAACGUACACCUCUGGUGUUCAAGCAGCACGUUCCUAGUGUUUCCGAAAACACCCUUGGUGCAAGUGGCCCGCCAGAAGGAAAGAUUACCAGAAACGAUGAGAAGUUCAAAGAUUUAGCCGAGAAUCACAAUCCAGAUAUUAUCUUCAAAGACCACGAAGGCAGUGGUGCUGACCGCCGGAUGUCUCAUAGGUGUAAAGACAAGCUGAACUUAGCGAUAGCGGUGAUGAACGAAUGGCCAGGUCUGAAGCUGAGGGUGGUAGAGGCGUGGGACGAGGAUGGUAGUCAUAAGAAAGACUCCCUACAUUACGAGGGGCGAGCCGUGGACAUCACCACCAGUGACCGGGACAGGAGCAAGUAUGGGCUGCUCGCCCGCCUCGCCGUCGAGGCCGGAUUUGAUUGGGUGUACUAUGAAAACCGGCGACAUAUACACUGCUCUGUGGCUUCGGAUUCCUCUGCAGUCGUAACGAUAGGAGGUUGUUUUUCUGGGAAGGGAAUGGUGCUGUCCGAGAGUUCUGGCUGGAAACCCAUGUCUGAGCUACGAAUUGGCGACAGAGUAAUGAGUAUGAAUGAGGCCGGUCAGCUGGAAUACAGCCAAGUGUUGUCAUUUAUGGAUAAAGACUCAUCAGCCCAGGUGCUGUUUUACACGCUGCAUUUGCAGGACGAUAAAAGCGUCACUUUAACAGGCAAACAUUUGAUUUUUGCAAGCAGCCAAAAUAUAACCAGUCAUUCAGACAGUGCCAGUUUUCGAGCUACGUUCGCUGAAAACGUACAAGAAGGACAGUACGUGUAUGUAGUUGGGAACGAACUGCACCCCAGUCAACCUCGACCUUCAAGAGUUGUGAAGGUCUCUGUAGAGACACAACGAGGUGUGUACGCCCCGCUCACCACCACGGGCACCAUUGUGGUGGAUGGAGUGGUGGCUUCGUGCUAUGCAUAUACAGAGAACAUUGCACUAGCUCACUUUGGUUUCGCGCCAAUGCGCUUAUACCAUACUAUUUGGAGUUAUGUGCCGUUCAGUCUAUGGACAUCAGAUGGUGAUACAGAAGGCUUCCACUGGUACGCCCGAAUGCUCUACGGUCUGGGGAGCUUGCUUUUAACUGAUGACGUUUUAUUUUCGCCGUUUUCGCAGUGAAAUGUUGGGACUUCUGAAAAGAGAUGUCGCGCUAUGACAGUCACCCUGAAUCUGUGAACGAAAUUAAUUGGUUAUCGCGCAGCUGCGCAACCAUCAGGGACAAGAUUGUUGUGAGCACUGGUUUGUGGAGUUGACGCGAGCAUUGGGGGUCCAACGGGACGACAUGACCGACUCGAUGUGAACGUUUCAUUUUGGCAAUGUGUGAGUCGAAGGCCAACCCAGUGUUGUAAUGUCUAUUUUAGUAGUUUUAGAAUGUUAUUUAUUAUGAUGACCAUAGCACUAAAGCGUGCACAUACUCUAAAACCGGUCUCUGCGUCUCUGAUGCGGAUGUUUUAUGAAUUCAGCGACACUUGAAGUGCUAUCAAAGAUAUUAUGGUACAGCUAGGCAUUCUCUUUUAUAUGCAGCACUCCGUGGCCGUAGGGAAAUCAGUUUCUUCAUGAAAGUCACGUGAUUAUCAUACUUGUAAAUGUUAACAUUCCAGCUGAUAAAGGACAGCAAAGUUGUUCAGACGUAACUGCCCUCUGAAGUGAUGCAUGUCGGGAAGACGGUGCUCGCUUCUGAGCGUGCGCACCCCAACCCACCUUCUGGCGUAAUGACCACUACAAUGACUGUGUUAUAAUAUUAUUGUAUUUAUUCGAUCAGCGGCUAGCCAUUGUAAUCAUCUGUAAAUUUAGCUGUAUGGUACUGUAUUUUUCUAUGUAUCUAUAUAAUAGCAUUUCUAUUUGUAAAUGAGAAUUUAUGUCACAAUGUAAAUGCGGUAAGACCUGCAGAACGUACGGACGGAGGAUUGCUUUACAGUUUUUGUCCGAAAUUAAAAGUCAGUUUAAAAAGGAGCGAUGGAAACUAUUAUUCUUUAUAGGAAGACACAAAAAAUAGAGCAUAUAUAGAAUUUGGUUUACAAGUAGAUAUUCAAAAGUCACAACAUCAGAUUGAAGAAUAACUAUUUUCAUACGCAUGCAUUCUGUACAGUAGUUACGGUGCUCACAAGCUACAUUUUCACAUUUAUUUGUAAAAUUAUUUCAUACUACAGACCGGAAAAAAUUGUGAGAACUAAUGUGGUGGCAGUUUUGAUCGUCAGGCAUAGAGAGAGUUGCCCCCCUUGUUGGUCGCCCAACGUUGGUUUGGAAGUGGGGGAAAUCUGGACAACACAGCGACCGUUUUAGACAGAUUUUUAUGACAUUUGUUCCUUUAAACUGUAAAGGCAAUGAAGCUUUCUUCCUGUGUGUUUCUGAAUGUCUAAGAUGUGCACUCGACCGUAUAAUAAUUCUGCAUACACAACUCCCAGUUUAACAAUGUGAGUCUCCUGUGCUCUCUAUUAUUUGUCUUCCUCCUUUCCAGAUUUUAUUCUAAUUUCAAUAUUUUUUUUUCUGAAUAAGGAGAUACUGUCGUCUCAGAAAAGAAAAAAUACUAUUACUGAAGAAAUCUGCUUAGUUCACGACUCUAUUUGGCCAGUUAAGUUCUUGCUAAGUCCACGUUCUUGAGAUACUAGUAAUUCAGCCUCUGUUUUUUGGGCUACCACACUGACAUUUGGGACAACGUUUUAUUGGUGGAUAGUUUGUACGUUUCUGUCCCUAACGCAGCCAUAUUUUUACGAUUUAUUUAUGUUGAUUGUAAUAUGUACAUAAAUUUAAAUAUACCAUGACGUCUUCUUUUGUGAAAGUUUUAACAUUGGUCUCUUGAGAGUAAAUUAUAUAGAAAAGAACCAUUUCCUCGCAUUGCCAUUAUGAAUAAACGUCUUAGUGAAAUGGCGUAACCGUUACCUAUCCGAUGGUUUGCGUAUAUACAUGUAUCUCUAGGGAUCGGGAUUUUAAUCGUAAAACAAAAACUAAAAUUGCUUCGGCCAAGUUCAUUCAUUAUUUGUCCAAGUGUUUUUUUUCGGCGCUUAAUUCUGCAUUUCUCCACGAUUAUCUCUGCAUUUAAAGUUUCUUUAAAAAGGUUUAAGCCUCCAAUUUUUCCGUGCUACAUCAAUGACUGUUGCUGAUGUAUGUGUUAAAACACGACAAUAAAACACAUAGAGUUUUAAAACACUUUCGGAUGCUU